UCCAUGAUAUUUCGUCCCACCCUCUCGCUCUUUCUUCAUUUCAGGAUUCACUGUGAGUAGGGGCCAAGUACAAUAUGUGUUUGGAAGAGUUUUUUAAUCUGACAACAGAAAAUAAACACAGCUUUUACUCUUUCUUUAAAUUCUAAGGAGAUCAGUCUGAACUUGACUGCUUGACUUCUCUUCGUUUUGGAAUAACCGUCUGCAUUUUCUGUGGAUUUCCUUUUUGCGCUCAUCAGACCUGAAGAUUGGAAGUAAAAGUUUGGGGCUUUUUUCCCCCCGUAAACAUCCGACAAUGCAGCUGUCAAGGACGUGGAUCGUGUGCUUUUGCCUUAGUAACGCAAUUUUAUCAGGAGAAAGCCUUGACUCCUUCUUGGAAAUCUCUUCUCCUGAGACUCCUGAGCAAGAAAUGGCAACUGUUCACUCAUCGAAGAACAGCACAGAAAUUACGUUUUUCAAUACGCAAGCUGCUGAAGAGAGUCAAAAUGAGCAUCUACAAACUGAUGCCAAAUGGGAAACCAGGCCAAAAAAAGCUGACUUCAAAAAGCUGGAGUCCCUCAGCAGAAGAAAAAGAAGUUCCUGGGGGAAGAGGAAACACGCAGCCACGGAAGAGUCGAUCGCAUAUAGAAUUGCAGGUUUGGGGCGACCGCUAAUGGGCUGGAGAAAGCGCGGAAAAGGAGAGGAGGGGACCAGCGUUCUCAUGGCAACACUGAAAGAACUUCAUGCUGAGAAGAGAAGGCUGAUGGAUCAGGGGAAAGCACGAGAGGAGGAGGAAGAAGAAGAAGAAGAUGACGAUGAUGAUGACGAUGAGGAUGACGACGACGAAGAUGACGAUGACGAAGAGGAGGAGGAGGAGGAAGAAGAAGAAGAGGAAGAAGAAGAGGAAGAAGAAGAGGAGGAGGAAGAGGAAGAAGAAGAAGAAGAGGCAACUGAGCCUCCCACCAAUCAAACUGAAACACAGUCCAACUUUACAGAGACUCCUUUUGAGUGCCAGACGUCUGACAGAGAAAUCAGCUGCAGGGGCGUCGGCUUGACUCACCUGCCAACCUUCCGCAACCUGGAGACCACACACCUGGACAUGGCAGAGAACAACAUCCAAAUCAUCGCUCCGGAAACUUUCUCUGGCCUACCCAACCUUGACGCGCUGGACCUGAGCCACAACAAACUGGACGACGAGUCCUUCAGCCAAAACCCCUUGUCUAAUCUGACCCUUCUGAAGAAACUGAAUCUUGAUGGAAAUCAGAUUAGCAGGAUUCCAUCCCUGCCUUCGACACUCGAGGAGCUCAGGAUUAACAAGAACAAGCUUAGUGCACUCACCCCUCACUGCUUCGAAGGUCUGACGAAUCUGCUGAAUCUGGAGCUGGGGGAGAAUGCCCUCCAUGAUGUGUCAUCUUCAGCUUUCAGACCAUUACAGAAGCUUCUGUCCCUCCAGCUGAGCAACAACCUCCUCCGUUCUGUCCCCCCGGGCCUUCCACCUUCUCUUCAGGUGCUGGACAUGACUAAAAAUCUGAUUGAUGAGGUGACUGAGGAGGCACUGAGGGACUGCAUUCACUUGAGAGUGCUAAACCUGAGUCACAACCAGCUGCAUGAGCAAGCCAUCGCUACCCACGCCUGGACCCGUCUAAAGUCCCUGGAGUCCUUGGAUCUGUCCCACAACCAGUUCACAUCUGUGCCAAUGAAUCUGGCUCGCUCUCUCCGAAAACUGAACCUGCAACACAACAGCAUCAGUCACAUCCCAGAGUUCACGUUCCGUCACCUGCGCCCGGGCCUUCAGUCCCUCGGCCUGUCUCACAACGGCUUGAGGAACAAUUCGUUCAAACAGUUCUCGUUUGUGGGAACUUACCGCUCGCUGACCGAGCUCCUAUUGGACAACAAUCUCCUGGGAGAGGUCCCUCGCUACGUCAGGCAGUUCAAGAACCUGCAGGUGCUGAGACUGGACAACAAUCAGAUCAGGGUGCUUAGACGGUGGGGAGUCUGCCAUCCUCAAAGGUCUGACUCCACCUUGGCGAGUGUCCACCUGGAAAACAAUCUGUUGGAAGUGGAGAAGAUCCCCUCGAACGCCUUCUCUUGUCUCACCGACACCCGGGGACUGGUUCUCCAUCCGCAGCAGGGGUACACAAAAUGAACAAUAGGCCAGUCUUCUCAGACACGAAAGAAUGCGUACACACAAUCGUUCUGCAUAAUCAUUCUUGUAUCAGGAGAAUAUUAUUAUCACCUCGCUUGCUUAGUCACGCAGAGCUUUUACCAUCCAAACUCAUUUUUUUCUUUCAUGUCUCAUCUUUAAUCCAAACAACUGUAAUAUUCUGCUAUAUAAUAAACACA